CAUAUCAAAAUGUCCACCCCACCAAGUCCCUACACCUACACCGACGAACAAUGGAAAGUCCACACCAUCCACCCCCGGCGAUUCUACUCUCGCCGUAAAGAAGACGGCAUAUUACGCCCAACUCGCGCAGCGCCGUAUAUCUCCAUCGGCAAUCCCAGUAUCGGGCCGCGCACGGCUGGAGAAAAAGCCGCCGAAGCCGACACGGCAUUAUGGGCGAGCUGCGACAGUGUUGAAGAGUACGAGGCGAAGCGACGGGAUCUCGAUGCCGCAAAAGCCAAGGCCAUGGCAAAUCAGCCGACAUUUCAUCCAUUUCCGCGUCUACCAACCGAGUUAAGAUGUAAAAUCUGGGAGAUGGCGAUGGAGGAGCCGACGCAAAUCACGAUCACGUGUUCGGGAUAUACGCCUGCUCAACGACCGACAGGUUGGUGUAGGACUGUUGGCUCUGGUCGUCCGAGGAUUUAUGCUACCACGGCGUUUAUGCCGCCGUUGAUGCUGGUGAAUCGGGAGACGUAUGCUCUUGCAUCGAAACACUAUCGUCGGGCUUUUCGGGGUGUGAAUGGUGGGGGUGGGGUUCUUGCUGCUUACCCGAGUGUUCUCGUUAUUGAAAGGCCCAUGGUGCUGCUUUUGCCAAUGGAUGAUUUGGAAUUGCUCGCGGAGAUUGUUGUCAUUGCCACCCCGUCACAUGGCAUGGUUGGGUUCUCGACCGGAUUUUCGGAUCGACUUAAGACGAUGCUUGGGACGGGGUCGAUACGUCGGGUGGAGCUUAGGUUGACGAGAUCGAUUACCCGGAAGCAGGCGGGUAAGGUUGAUGGAUAUUUUACUUCUUUGUUUUCUGAGAUGAGGGCUGUGAAUGCAGAGUGGGUUGCGCCAGAACUGACUGUUGGGCCUGUUAAUGAGGAAGAGGAUCCUGUAAAGGAUUCAGAUGAGUCUUCAGAUGAACCGAGUAGCGAUGAUGAUUGACUUGACUUAGAUAUAACAAGAAUGUUUAUUACAAAUAAUACCUCCUGCCCAUCAAACGGAAUUCAACCGGGACAACAGAGGCUAGUCUAUAGUCACCUGGAAAUAUUAUGUUAUCUCACUUACCU